GCUCAGUCGCAAGAUGACCUUUUCGUUUUGUAUCGAUCUUCCUACUCUAUCGAUCGAAAAUAAAGAUCACCAAUACGAGAAGCGCCGCAGGAAAUUAUAAAUCGAAUUCUAAUGUAUGCAUGACUGUUCGUGUCAUUUUUUCUUCGUUCGACACGCACAUGCAAUAUACGAAGAUCAAAAAUUAUUGUUCCUUCGUUAUGAAACUUCCUACCCAGAUACAUACGUCGAGCGUCUACCCGUGUCCACGUACAAGGAAUUGGUAGACGCAUUAAACAAAGAUGAAACUUGGAUAACGUUAGCGAAUCAUGUAGCUGAGAAAUUGGAGUAUCCAUGUAGUAAUUCGUGGAUACGGCAUUUAAAAGAGAAAACAAAUUCGAACGAUUCUCCUGGCCAAAGAUUACUCACCGAAUUGAACAUCAAACUGUGUACCGUAGAAAUUUUGCAAGCAUUGUUGGAGAGUUGUGCACUUUACAACGUCCUUUCGAUCAUAUCUGAUCCAGAGCCUCUGUGUAUCAUCUUGCAUCCAACGGACCAGUCGCAGACCGACAUUCUAAAUAUCCCAUUUGGGCAUCGUCUUUAUUUGUGUUGCAAAGCGACUGGAAUUCCACCACCGACUUACACGUGGUAUCACAGAAACAUGCAAUUGCAACACUGUACUUUUAACGAGCUUGACAUUGUCAUUACCAGUGCUGCACAAGCAGGCGAAUACAAGUGCAAAGUAGAUCAGAUUAAAAACGAUGGGACUCUCGUGUCAAGCUUGAUCUCGAAAGCUGUGAUCGUACAUGUUUCUAUGGUACCUGUUGAAAUAGAAGAACAGCCACUGCCGAUCUUGGAAGCGAAAGAAGGCGAGGAUUUUACUAUUCGUUGUAAAGCUAAUAGUUAUUCGGAAGCAAACUAUCAAUGGUAUCAUGGCAAUAGUAAAUUAGAAGGAGAAACGUCUGACACUUUGCAUGUGAAGCAAGCGAAUUUAAAAAAUGUAGGAAAAUACUAUUGUCACGUUUACAACGACGUCAGUGAAAUGUAUACGCAGAGAGCUCAUGUAUUGCUGGUUCAUCCGAGAAUGAAAGCUGUCGCGAAGCUAGCCUUAAUUAUCGCGAAUGAAAAAUACGAACACCACGAGUGCCUGUUGGCACCUAAAAAUGAUGCUGCGCGAAUUAGUCAUCUUCUUAAAGAGAUCGGAUUCCAAGUGAUUUGUCUGAUCAAUUUGACGCUUUCUCAGAUGCAAAAUGCCAUAAGAAUAUUUGGCAAAGCCUUGAUAGACGGAGUGUACGGUUUAUUCUAUUUUGCUGGACACGGUUUCAAGAUGCAGGAAAAUUAUUUACUACCAACGGACUGUCCAAAAAUCUACUUGAGAAAGGACGCGAUGAGCGAAAGUGAAAUAUUAUCUACGCUUCUCGAGGACGAUCCGAAAUUGUUAAUCGUCAUCUUGGACAUGUGUCAAAGUUUACCUUCGAAAGAAUCUAAUCCCGAAAUUUAUCGUGAAAUACCCGUAGUUAAAGAAUACAAGAAUAAGAGAAACUUGUUUCAAGCAUAUUCCACGUCCAGUUAUCAGCCUAGUUAUGAGGAUGCAAACCUUAAAUAUGGUUUAUACGCGGCGCAUCUUGGUAAAUAUAUCGGUGAGGACGUCACGGUAAAAGAUUUAUUCGAGCAGGUAGCUAAAUCCAUUGAGUUAAGUUUCAAGGACAAAAGAAAAAACCAAAUUCCGACGUACACUCCUACUUUUACGGAACCGUUCCGUCUUAUAGACGACGUUCACGAAAGAAAUUGUCCAGAGCUUAUCAAGUAUUAUACAGAAAAAUUGAUGUCUUUUACGACACAAACAGUGGAAGUAACUUUUGAAAAAUUGAACGUAUCUACCCGAGUCACGAUAUCUCCUUUCAUGGAAACGUUCUUCAAUCUCAUAGAAAUAAGAGUGAUCGAUUUACCGGAUGAAGAGAUAAACUUUUUUUCCACUCCCACGUCACGGAAUAAUUUGUACCAAGAUCAGGACAAAGUAUGUUGGAUCCAUAAUCCGCAAAGUAACAAGGGACCACUUGUUAUCUGUGUGUCCAGGAAUGGAACUCCUGUUACUGCAACAGUAUUAGACAUUAAAAAUUACGUAUCUCCGUUACUAGAACUUGUAGGUGCUUGAAAAUUAAGGACUACUGAUGUUUUCACCAUACAAUUUGAUAAAUUCGAAUUUUCAAAUGAAAGGUUUAUUUUCUUAAA